UGAGUUUGAGCCGGAGCCUUUGCUUGUGUUCUAACAGGGCCGUCGUCUUGUUUGCGAGCUCCACUUUCAACGGACAUUCGGGAACAAGAUCCAGAGAAUCCUUGAUCUCGUGCAGAGGAACGGCUCCAGCUUCUGUGCGGUCGGGGGUGUGAGAUUGUUGAUGUGAACCUGGAGAUCUUUGAGGAAGCUCGAUCCAAGCAGCGAACCGAAGAUCAAGUUGGUGUUGUGCUUGAGCAUGCUGCACCGGAAUCCUUCCUUGGUCAGCAACUUCACCAGCAUGUUUGCCGACUUGAGGCCGAGAUGCGGACUCGAGAGAACGUUUUGAAGCGCUUGGAGUCCUUUCGCCGAGCUGAGAUACUCGAUGUUGUCGGCCGAGUGCUGUUCAAGCUGCGUGAUCAGCCACCUUUCGAUGUGAGGCCCCGAAGCAAAGGUGGUGCUUGUGGCGUUCGAGGAGCUCGAGCCGUGCGAGAACCUACACAGAGCUCCUGGACGGUGGUUGAUACUUUCCCACUGCUGCUGGCUGCUGCUCUACGGUCACUCUUCCAGAGCUCCUGGCCGGUGGUUGAUACUUCCCCGCUGCUGGUUUCGGAAUGGCUGGCUGCUGCUGCUGCUCUACGAUCACGAACUUUGGCAUGCGGCGCUUGGAAGCGCAGUCCUCGAGCACGAGAGCCAACUCCAGAUCCGAUGGAACGGCGACGAGCUCCUUGGUGUCGUCCUCGAACAUGACGGCGGCCGGGGUUUGCAGCCUGUCAAACGUUUCUCUCGCGACUGUGAGAAGCUCCGCGAGGCUUUGGUGCUCGGCGAAGCGGACGAGUCGAGUGGUUUCAUGGUACCGCAGCUUCACCAGGCGAUUGGACGCGACCUCCUGCUGGGAUGGAAAGUGGUCAUCGAGGCAGCAAAGCUGGCAGCAAACUUUACCUCUGGAGCGCUGGUUGACGACGAUGAUCCAUCUCCAGCUACCAGAGCACUAAGAUUCAACGGAAGAACAACACAGCCAUGGCGCUUCCUCGUCUCUCUCGCCAUCGCAGCGAUGGGGAGUGAGAGAGCUUGGUUGAUCUCAAUACGUUGGUCUCGAUCGUGGUUCUUUGUUUCGCGCUGAGGUGGCUAGCAGUCUUGCAUCAAUGGGAGAGACUAGACGUGCAUUCUUAUGAUUUAGCUAUAGAUGCCAACCUUGUAAGCGGGAGAUUCGACUGUGAAAGUGAAAGCUACCGUGGUUUCACGAAA